ACUUCAGCUGGAAGAAAAACUUCCAAGAAAUAACUUCCAAGAAAAACUACCAAUGUAUUCAAUAUUAUUUUCUGCCUAUAGAAAGCAUCUAAAUUUGGGUUCUUUUGAUUGACGUGUCGAUUGCAGCCAGGGCCAAAGGAGCUUCCAAUGCAGUGCUUUAUUAAGAGAAAUAAGAAGAACUCUACAUUCUAUCUUUAUCUCACCUUGAACCAAAAUCUGAUUUCGUGGGCAAUAAGUUCACAAUAUACGACAGCCGCCCACCUUUCACUAGCGCAAAAGCAUCAAGCAGUCGGAGGAGCCGACGCUUCACCAGCAAGCAAAUCAGCCCACAAUCUUCGGCUGGUAAUUUCAAGAUUGGUUAUGCAUACAAAUUCAACCUUCUCAAAUCUUGAAGACCAAGAAGAAUGUUUUGCAGAUUACAAUGCCCUCCAACCGAAGAAUCCACCAAAGGAGAAGAAUCAUCUCAACCUCUUGUCUGUGGUAUUGAGGAACAAAACUCCUCGAUGGCAUGAGCAUCUUCAAUGCUGGUGCUUGAAUUUUCACGGGAGGGUAACCGUUGCUUCUGUGAAGAAUUUUUAGCUUGUUGCAGCUUCGAAUCCAUGUCAAGUGAAUGGGGUUAGAGAAGAUGAGACAAUGCUGCUCCAAUUUGGGAAAGUUGAAGAUGAUAUGUUCACAAUGGACUAUAGGCAACCACUCGGCUUUUCAGGCUUUUGCCAUUUGCCUCACUAGCUUUGGUACAAAGUGUUCAUGUGAAUAGAAAUGCUUAGCUCAUAAUUUAAUGUUGCGGUUAUGUUGGUGGACAUAAAUUGGGCAAGCGUGUUGUAUAUUUUCGAUGUAUGAACGUUGUUGCUUUUGGACCAACUAGG